ACGUUUCUGAAUUUGUGAAUAAAUACUCGAGCGCCACGAACGAAAGAUCGUGAAUGCAUGACAUGAACUGACUGAGAAGUUGCAGGAGGACACGAUAAAUUAAUUAAUAAAAGCCACAUAAUUUAGCUAGCUACGGCGUUAUUUUAUUUUAUCUGCCAAACGAAGAACACUAACAAUGAUGAACGGACAAAUUAACGGUUUUCAUAACUCCCUUAUUGACGAGGACUGCUUCCUAUUCACCUCGGAGUCGGUAGGAGAAGGACACCCUGAUAAGAUUUGCGACCAAAUCAGUGAUGCAGUGCUUGACGCCCAUCUCAAACAGGAUCCUGAUGCCAAAGUUGCUUGUGAGACUGUUGCUAAGACUGGGAUGAUCCUGCUGGCAGGUGAGGUGACAUCGCGUGCUACAGUGGACUAUCAGAAGGUUGUUCGUGACACCAUCCGCCACAUUGGAUACGAUGACUCCUCCAAAGGUUUUGACUAUAAGACCUGCAAUGUGCUGGUGGCCCUAGAGCAGCAAUCUCCAGACAUUGCCCAGGGUGUUCACAUCGACCGCAAUGAGGAGGACAUAGGGGCAGGGGACCAGGGCCUGAUGUUUGGUUAUGCUACAGAUGAGACUGAGGAGUGCAUGCCCCUCACUAUUAUGCUCGCUCACAAGCUCAAUGCUAAAAUGGCUGAACUGCGUCGCAAUGGCACCCUGCCCUGGCUCCGGCCUGACUCCAAGACCCAGGUGACCGUUCAGUACCGCCAGGACCGUGGCGCCAUGCUGCCAGUGCGUGUCCACACCAUCGUGGUCUCUGUGCAGCAUGAUGAGGAUAUCUGCCUGGAUGAGAUGCGUGAUGCUCUGAAGGAGAAGGUUGUCAAGGCUGUGGUGCCCUGCAUUUACCUGGAUGAUGACACCAUCUAUCACAUGCAGCCCAGUGGACGCUUUGUCAUCGGAGGCCCACAGGGUGAUGCUGGCCUGACGGGCCGUAAGAUCAUUGUUGACACUUAUGGAGGCUGGGGAGCCCAUGGUGGAGGAGCCUUCUCAGGGAAGGACUACACUAAGGUGGACCGCUCUGCUGCCUAUGCUGCCCGCUGGGUGGCCAAGUCUCUGGUUAAGGCAGAGCUGUGCAAGAGGGUCCUGGUUCAGGUUGCUUAUGCCAUCGGAGUGGCACACCCCCUCUCAAUCUCCAUUUUCCACUAUGGCACAUCCCAGAAGAGUGAGAGGGAGCUGCUGGACAUCGUCAAGAAGAACUUUGACCUUCGUCCUGGUGUCAUUGUCAGGGAGCUGGAGCUGAAGAAGCCAAUGUAUCAGAGGACUGCUGCCUAUGGCCACUUUGGCCGGGAAUCCUUCCCAUGGGAGGUGCCCAAAAAGCUCAAAUACUAAACCUGUCAAGCUUUUUCCCCCAGGCCUGUUGGUGUAUACUACAGAGAAGCCUGCAUGGUCUUGGGGUGAAAGGCCCUUUAAACCCCCUUCCCUCUUAAUGGAAUAUUAAAACCUGAUCUACCCCUCCACCUUCCCUCAAAAUGCACCCCAACCACCCCUUUUUAACUCCGCUCUUUUCUGUACUGUCUUUUUGCUGUUAGUAGUGUUAAGCUCUAACGUUCUCAAAUAUUUCAGGAAAGUGAUGUUAAGAGAUUAAAAGGGUGUUAGCUAGCUACCUGAAUCACUGAAAUGUGCUUCAUUGUCCCCUUUGAGGAGGUCCUGAAGUACCCUGGUCUUCUACUGAUGUCCCUCACACUACAACGCCUAGCCCCUGCCCAGCCUUAACCAAACUGCAGUAUUUACACUUUCUUAGUAUCUGGCCUUAGCUGUCCUUAUACUUGAUCAGUUUGGGAAUAUUUUGUUACCGUUAAGUUGGAUUUACCAAGGCUGCACAUGUAUCAUGUUAACUUACUGGUGCUAUGGAUGUAAAGGACACCACUCGAAGUAAACAGUUUAGGGAUGCAGUAUUGAUUGGGGAUCCCCAUUAGAUACUCUUCCUGGGGUCCAAACAGUAAUGCCCAUAAUCUUCCUUUUAGUGUAGACUCUUUUUUUUCUUUGUUCGUCUGGUUUUGUGACCCCAUAAUCCUUCUCCCUCACCUUUUUCAAGCUUUAACUUCAAUUAUCCUUGUGGAGGAUAUAAAAAGGGCACGGUUUUAAGGGUCAGUGGUUGCUGUUUUUCAAAAAUGCUAUGCAUUGCAUGCUGAGUAACAAACACAUUUUUGUUGUCAAGUUCUUGAAUAAGCAGAGUAAAGUCUGAUGGCCCUGCAGAUGUCUGUGCUGUUUUCUGACGUAAUACAGAAAAGUCAGAAGCUGCUAUGUCACUGCGACAGUCUGUAGGGGUGUUAGAUUUUAUAUUUGUGAUCGUUUAAAAUAUUCUCAUUGGAUUGUCCUAAUGUUGAAGUUUCAAUUUUAAACAACUCCUUCAAAAGGUAUUUUAAUUUCCUUCUGUUAUUUACAUUUGAUAUAAAAUGGUUUAAGGUCAAGGCCCUCUUUCCUUGGGUAUUGGUAGCAGUUGUAGCUACAAAUAAACCACCAUUUUUAUGCUGAAGGAGAGCUGUCUUUGCCACAAUGGCAUAGCUCUUACUACCCACAAUGGCAUAGCUCUUACUACUGGCAAACAAUAUAAAAUAAACCUUUUUAAAUAUUUAUUUGUUCUCUGAAACUUGCCAUGGCUUCAGAAGGCAGCUUAAAAGUUUUAAUCACAUUUUGACUUGACUGAAUGCCAUAACUAAGUUAACAUUUUUCAGUCUUUCUCUCGUGGUUCCAAAGUGUCAUACAGAAAAGCUUUGGUCUGCUUCCACAGGGAACUGUCACUGGCUGAUGUGAUGAGUUGCUAUUUUGACCACAGAUUAUUUUGGGUGUGAUUGUAUUAACCAUACAAGUCUACUGUUUGCCUAACUCCCCCACCUUAUUCUUACAUGAAGAGAUGGCAAAGUUUGGCUGGUGUUGUACAGAGAAACCAGCCUUGUUUACAAGCUGUCUCUUCUAUGGAUGGGGUUUCCCCUUGGAGCUUUGGUUUUGUUUCCUGUUACCACUCGAAGACUAGUCUGCUGGCUACUGUGAGUAAGAGUGCCUUUUCUAUUUCCUCCCCCAAUCCCUGUAUUGAACCCAUUUUUUUUUCCCCCUCCUGUUCUCUAUCAACAUGCAUCUGACAUCCUGAGGAACAGGGAGCUUGUCUAAAUUCUGUCUUGAGGUUGCCUACUGAUUCCUCAUGUCAAAGAAAUGAAAUAAAUGGCUACUUUCCUUCAUGAA